UAAGAUCGCGCUUAACCUCUGAAUAUAGACGCUCGUAAUAUUCCUCAAUGUUAAGUAGUUACGAUACGUUCUUUGACAAUGAAAUUUUCUUUAUUAGUCGUGAGAUAUGAUAGUAUUAUGUGUGUUAGCUGUUAAUUGAUUGAAGUGAAGUUUACUUUCACUCAAACAAAGAAAUAGUUUUAUUUUUUAUGCGUUCGCGGUCUUCGCGGAAGAAUAUCCUAGUGAAGUCCCCGACAUUCAGUCGCCAGUAAACAUAGAAGCCAUAAUAUUUUGAGGUAGGCCUCUAUUGAAAAGUAAACAUUCGUUACGAGUAUUAGUCUAUAAUGGCCAGAGUUCAUGCGCGUGUGUGUGUUUACAAGAGUAAUUGAGGAAGAGGAUCAUCUUCUUUUGAGUUUGAAGUAGUUAAGUGACCACUGCAAUGGAUGCUGAUGAAGCUGAAUCAUCAGGCUCAGGGGGCCCUAUAUCAUCAUUGAAUAGCCUCUUUUCCUUUACAAGUCCCGCUGUGAAAAAGUUACUAGGAUGGAAACAAGGUGACGAAGAGGAAAAGUGGGCAGAAAAGGCAGUGGAUUCACUGGUAAAGAAGCUGAAAAAGAAAAAAGGUGCAAUUGAAGAACUAGAAAGAGCAUUAAGUUCUCCUGGUCAAGCAAGUGACUGUGUGACGAUUCCCAGAAGUUUAGAUGGUCGAUUACAGGUUUCUCAUCGAAAGGGUCUACCUCAUGUUAUUUACUGUCGUGUUUGGAGAUGGCCAGAUCUUCAAUCUCAUCAUGAACUGAAGCCAAUGGAGAAUUGCCGCUAUCCAUUCUCUGGCAAGCACAAAGAAGUCUGUAUUAAUCCCUAUCACUACAAGAGAGUUGAAAGUCCAGUUCUACCACCAGUGUUGGUGCCUCGUCAUAGUGAAUUUGCUCCAAGCCAUUCACUGUUACCUUUCCAGCAGUUGCCAGAACCUGCUAUGCCGCACAAUGUUUCAUACACUGGAGGAGGAUUCACCAACACACAAUCUGGCAGCCACCCACAUUUAAGCCCUAGCCCUACUUCACCCUUGAGUAGUGUGCCUAGUCCAGGAAGCACACAUUCAAAUCCACAGAGUCCAUAUGGCAAUAAUGGAUUACCAGAAACUCCUCCGCCAGCUUACAGUCCCCCAGAAGACAGUCAACAAGGUCAGGGAUCGAAUCUGAAUGAUCCUGCAGCAAUGGAUACAAGUAAUAACAUUAUGGCAGAUGUUGCACCAGUGUCCUAUCAGAUAUGUGCAGUGGAGCAUUUAAAGCCAGUGUCAGCCAUCCAUGUACCUAAAGAAUGUUAUGCUGGGCAUACUACUAAGUUAAGGGAUGUCACAUCUGAAGGGGUAAUGUUCUGGCCUCCAAAUAGCCUGGAUAUAAAUCCUAUUGUACAUUUGUUAUUCAACUGGGAACCUACUUUCUGGGCGAGCAUCGCAUAUUAUGAGUUAAAUUGUCGUGUUGGAGAGGUAUUUCAUUGUCAGACAAAUGUGAUAGUUGUGGACGGCUUCACAAAUCCCAGCAACAAUUCAGACCGUUUCUGCCUCGGUCAGCUUUCCAAUGUUAAUCGGAACUCGACAAUCGAAAACACUAGAAGACACAUAGGAAAAGGUGUACAACUUGUGUAUAUUGGUGGUGAAGUGUAUGCUCAAAACAAGUCGGACAGUGCUAUUUUUGUUCAGUCUCGAAACUGUAAUCAUCAUCAUGGAUUUCAUCCGAGCACAGUUUGCAAGAUACCUCCAGGAUGUUCACUGAAGAUUUUUAACAAUCAAGAAUUUGCCCAACUCCUUUCACAGAGUGUAAAUCAUGGAUUUGAAGCUGUCUAUGAAUUAACAAAAAUGUGUACAAUACGAAUGUCGUUUGUGAAGGGUUGGGGUGCUGAAUACCACAGGCAGGAUGUCACCAGCACACCGUGCUGGGUUGAAAUUCAUUUGAAUGGCCCUCUUCAUUGGCUUGAUAAAGUUCUUACCCAAAUGGGAUCUCCUCUGAAUGCUAUUUCAUCAGUGUCGUGAGGCAGGAAUUACUCUGCCCUCCUUAUUGUACUGCAUCUAGGGUUUGAAGUUCUCAGUAGUCCUGAGUUUGCUUUUCAUUAACUUAGGAAAUGAAAUGUAAUGUUGCAAGAAGUUUCACACCUUUAUCCAGUAUAAUUUAAUUUAUUUUGAAAUAAUGACUCUUUGUAGUCAAAGUGGAUUUUCUACUUAUGCCUCCUAACGUGGAGAUGUGAUUUGUAAUACACAGACCUGUAGAAUUUUCUGCAGGCACUGAAAUAUCUGUAAAUCUUAAACACCAAGAACGUGCAACUACAUUUUUAAAACAUUCUAGAAUGGUUGUUGAUUAUAAAACAGAAUACCUUGUUUGAUGCAAUAUUAUUUUGAAGAGAACAAAUUGUUGGAAGAUAAAUGACUUCAAGGUGCAUGAUGAACCCACUGGGAAUUGCUGACAAGACACGAGAAGAUUCCCAACAUAUCCCAACAUCGCUUGCAAAAACUCCAUGUAUAAUGCAGAAAGAGAAAUAAUUGUUUCUUGGGUUCUCUAGGGUGGUUCUUUCUGUUACAAUACCUGUUGAAUUCUUGUGAAUAUUACAUCAAUAUUUCGUAAAUUGGGAAUGAUUAAUAUAUGAAUUUAGAUUUCAACAAUUAUGCAACUGUGAGUGACAAUUUAAUACCAUGAAAUGACAUGCAAACAAAGAUCUUAUUUUGCUGUGCUACUUUACAAAUAUGUAGCUAGCAAAGAAGAAAAUGGAAAAAUGGGUACUUAAUUACAGUCUUAGUAUCAUAUAGAGAAGAAAUUUGUCAUUGUCGUAACCUAGAAUAGAAAAAUUGUGAAGUGCUUCUGGGACCUGGGUUGCAGGGAGUGCUUUCUUUAAAAAAUGUGCGCUCAUGAACACCAAUAAUUGAUUUUUUAAUCAAAAACCCUUUUCCCAUCACAGACUAUAAGCACAUCAUGGGAAAAGGAAGUGUGGAUGGAAUUAUUCACAAUAGGGUAAUAAGUGCUAUUUAUGUUAGUGCGUAUACAGUCAUCUUUGGCACUGACACAUUUAAAGUACAAGUAUGUGCACACUUGCUGCAGAGGAAAUAAUCUACAAUGAAUCACUUCUGUUUUUUGAAGUUUCAAAACAGAACCUAUACAAAGUUUUAAAAGUGUGUAAUUGGUGAGAGAUUUGUUGUCAUGAAUGAAAUGUAUUGAUUUUAAUUAAUGAUCUCUGAAGAAGUAGUGUGAAAUGAAUAAAUGUGAAGUACACACACGUCAUUGUUACAAGGGGUGUUGAAGGUGAUCAUUUGUGAUGUUGCACUUGUGAUCUUGUGCUUUUUAUCAAAAAGCACGGGUUCACAUUCUUAACAAGUAAACUAAUUUUAAACAAUAGGGUGAAUGUGCAAAACAAUGUUAACUGUAUUAUUUUACCUAUCUAAAAAGUAUGUCUUUUUAAAAACUUCACUAUGGUAGUAAUGAGCUGGUUUUAUGCUGUAGUUUUCUUACAGCAAAAAGGCAAACUGUUCCUAUUGUCACAAAUGUUUUAUUUCUUACAAGCUUAUGUAUGUUACUGUGGAGAGAUGUUAGCUGUAGUAUCCCACUAGUAUGUAUUAUUUAUAUUGGUGCCAUUUAUUCUUGGAAAGUAAAAGUGUUAAAAAUGUCAGAUGCCCGGUGUGCUCUAUGGUGUCUGUGUUCAUAUUUUAUUCCAGUUGAUGUUAGUUAUGAAAAAUAGUUUUUGUGUAAAUUAAUUUCAGUCAAAGAAAUGUAGUAAUGUAUGUGUUUAGUAGGGACCAAAUAUUUUAACCUUGUGCAAAUUUAUUAAGUAUUUGCAAUGAAUUGUGCGACUAGUUCUUUGUAACUGCAAGGCAAUGAUUGAAAUUACAUAUUGUGCACUGUCUUCAACUAUCAGGUUGCCAACAAAUAUUCUUCUAGAAUUUUGUAAAAUACCUUGACAGAUGACUUCUUUUUACAACUUCUGCUGCAGUUUUUAUCUAUUAUUUUUUGAUUAAUUAAUUUAUUUUUAUACAUAAUUACUAAUUACAAUCCAAACUACCUUUUUAUUAAGACGUCUAUGAAAGAGUUUUUAUUACCAGUAUGCACAUGUUAUUAGGGAAUUCUUCCUGCAAAAUUUUUGCAGAUUCCUAUUCAGAUGCAAAAAUACUAGUUGAUCUAAGAAUGAAUGCAUUUGAAUAUUUUAAUGAUGAUACAUUCUGACAUGGCAACCUGAUUCGAGCAUAUAUGGAGGUUUUUAAUUUUUGUUUGCAAACAGAAAUCAUAUUUUUCUUAUAUGUGCAAUAAUUUCUCUUUUUCUACCAAUUUCAUUAUUAUUACUUGCAGAAAUUUUUAUUGAGAAAUCUUUUAUUUUUAUUUACACUCUUAACUGAAUCUUCUACCACUAUUGUUUAUUUUUGCCAGUUUUAUGUCGUUAUUAAUGUAAAGCGUUUAUCUCUUGCUCUCUCAAUUGUUAUUAAAUUUUUCUUAGCAUCUGAGUACGUAACUGUGAAUGUUCUUCAAGGCUUACACCAUUACUGAAAUGCAAAUAUGCAAGAUAAUUCACAUUUAUUUUGCUGGAAGGCAAAAUUAUGUUUUUUGUGAUGAAUAUGUGUAUAUAUUUGUAUUACAGUGUAUUAUUUGUCCAUUAAUGACGUAUUCUUAAUACUCAAUAAUUUGCUACAUUAGGGACUGGGGACACUUCCUUUUGUAGAAUAGAAUAUGUUCUUGACAAUUUCAAUUCCUACAUGUGUGACCUUUUUAAGCUAAAACUUGAGUUUGUUGUACUUCAUGUGUGUUGUGUUAAUUGUUUGAACUUGAAAUACCCGUGAGUAUAUACAUUGCUCACCAUUAAAUCCAUUAUAAUGAUUGUAAAAUGAAGAAGUCUCACUUCUUAGCUUCUGCAUUUUCAACUGCUAAAAAAACUCAAAAUUCAUUUCUACUUUCUAUAGGGGGAACUGGAUUGAGAAAUUUCUUAUUUGUAUGAUUGUGUAUGGCAUGUUUAAACCUAAUUGUGAAAUAUUAUAUGUCGCCAGCUUUCAUUUCUGAAAGGUGAUGGGUAUUUUUCCCCCCUGUUUGUUUCUCUCUCUUUCCUCCCCCACCCCCUUCCUCCUGAAAAAUUUGGCAUUGUAAAUGGUUGAUGUUUUAGCAUUUGCAUUAUGCUGCAGAAAAAAAUUAUGAAAGAUCUUACUUAGUUUGGAAUAACUGAACUGCUUCUAAACUAAGCUAUUAGUUUCUUCUUCAAAAACAUAGAAUGCAACAUGAUGAAAUAUUGGAAAAAAUGUUGGUGCUGUAUAAGUUAUUUCCAUUAAAAGGUAUGUUCUAAAUACCAUAACUUUGUUAUAAAUUCAGUAGGUUUUUAUGCAUUUAGUAAUUUUGGUUUCCUUUGGAAACUUGUCAUUACACAUUGGGGAUCUAUAUAUAAAAGCUCAGGCUAAAUAUGCUUGGCUCUAAUUAUUUUAAGUAAUAGCAUUUCUUUGUGUAUUUUUUUUUUUUUUUUUUUUUUUUUAGUGAAAGAAAUUUUAAGUUAGAAAUACUGUAAAUUGUGCCAAAACUUGACAAAAAGUUCUUUGAAUAUUUAAAUUAAAAAAAAAAGACUGCUUAAUAAUUUGGGACAGGCAAAGUAGAUUGUAGUAGAAAACCACAGUCCCAUUCAAUAUGAGAAAAUUUAGUAGAAUCAUGAUUAGCUAUAUUCUUGGGGGAAAAAAAAAAUGGGGAUUUAUUAUUAUAAAUGCACACAUUAAUAAUUCAGACACCCUCUGCCAUCUGUUAUUUGUGUUCUUUAUUUCAUCUAAGAAUUGACUAUUGUGGAGACAAUUCUGAAUACACAAAUUAUUCGUGCAAUAAUAUUUACCUUUUCCAAAUUAAAUUGGAAAGAAAAUGACAAUAAAAAAGUUAUUUUUAUUGAUCAUUUAUUUUUCAUCCAGUCUAAAAUAGUUGUUGUAGUACGAGUGAUUCUUUCAUUCGUAGUGUAAAUUUUUAACAUGAAUUGUGAUGCUAUGAUUGAAUGGUACAAAGAAAAAGGUAUUAAUUAUUUUGCAUCACAAUUUUUAUUUAUCUGAACUGAACAAAUUUAUUUUAUUUAAAUUCAAUUCUGAUAUUGCAUUUGUUUUGCAAUGUUAGAUUGUGUAAGAGUAAUGGAGGAUAAAAACAAAAAUUGUGGGAAUUUUAGACUUUGUAAAAGCAAUGUAAAUUUCAUGUAUAAAUUUGCAAGUGAAACUAUUAGAACAACACAUAGAGUGAAAAACUUGAGCUGAAGUAACUGUUCAAGGUAUACAAGCUUUAAAAAUCUCAAUCUUGCUUAUUAUAGGAGCAGGUUUUCAUCACUGCUUUUUAGCAGAGAUAAUCCAUAUACCAUCUAUGCCAUUUACAAUGCGUUUGAACUAUAAACAGUAGCAGUUUAUCAUGUUAUUUCUUGUAUUGUCCAAUGUUUUGUAUAACAUGAUGUAAUUGGAAUUCUAAAAUUAUGUGCUCCAUUUUUGUUUUGGAGGAAAUCUAGUAAACAUGACAAGUGGUACGAGAUUAAGAAAAUUUUCUUUUAGCUUUUUUCUUGCUUCCCUAUUUUCUUUACGAACUGGAGUAAGUGAGAGUUAUUGAUUUAUUUGCAAGCUCUAAUAGAUUUAUUUUCAUGUUUGUUGGGAGUUUAUGCUAAUGUUUUAAAUGAAGUCUUUUAUGAUCACUAGUGGGAUAGUACAUCUACAAUUGCCAUGUUUGUUUUUAGUUGUUUUUGUUUGAAUGAAAUUUUAUUUAUGUUUCUUGUGUAAGUUGAUUCAAAGGUGUGAAAAGUUUUUACAAUCGCUGAAGAUGAUGUGUGUUGUAUAGUAAAUUUGAGUAUUAAAAGACAAGGAAUUUGUAAGUGUAUUAGCAUUCUUGUGCUACACUAUCUGUGGAUGAAAUUAUAAAUAAUGUUGAUAGUAAUGUUUUUAUCUAUUAUCAAUUUUUAUUGAUUUAAAUAGUUUGUAUUUCUGCAUAAAUGACAGUAAAGUUGAACUUUUGUGAUUAAGACAUUGUUUGCAAUUAUUAGUUUUUCACUGUGUGAAUCCCAAGUUUUGUGAUAAUUAUGAUAUUUUAAGUUGCAGAUAUGCCAGUGAUAAGUACACAAUGUUGCCAGCAUACUACAACUAUUAGUUAAUUUUUUCAUUUUUCAUCUUUCCCUAGCAUCUGUAUAUUGCAUCAGUUUUGAAAUUCAUUUACUAUAGUGUGUUGGUGUAGUGGAAUUAAAUAUUAAUAAGUGCUAGUAGUAAGUAGUAGCGAUAGUAUAAUACAGCAUGAGUAGAAGCACAAGCAUUUCAAGUAUGUGUAACUAUGUACUACUUUUAGCCGAUGGACAAUAUUAACUUGCACACAUUACUGGAAUGUUAGCCAGCGGCAAAACAGAAUAUGAAGAUAAUUCACAUUUUAACUAGAAAAUAAUGAAAUGAGCUUGGAUUUUCAGCCUUGUUUCCUGUCUCCUCUUUCACAUAAACUGGUGUAGUGCUUAGGGCUGAAAUUAUUCCUUUAUCUGCCACCAACAAAUCAGUCUUCAGCAAACAGUUUGUUAUACUGUAAGCUUGAGGGAAUUAAUAAGAAAUGGUAAAUAUUCAAUUAGCUAAUUUUGUGGAAAUUAAAAAUUGUGGAUUGAAAUUUUAAAUUUUAUGGAGGGUACAUUCAGUAUGUCUGAGUUGGCAUAAUGAUUCACUGAUUAUAGGGAACAAGGCAUAUAACUAUAUAAUAUAUAAAUAUAGUAUGUUAUUUUGUGUUUGGAAGUAUCCACAAGUGGCCUUUAAACUAUGCUCUGUAUUUUUGUAUGGUCUUCAGGAUUGGCAUUUAUAUGUGUCUUAUGAUUAACUUGCUGCAAAGAUGUGAUAUGCCAUAACUGUAGAUAUAAAUUUCUAGAUCAGUACCUGCCAAAAGUAUUACAUUGAAUUCAUUUUUCUGUGAUGGAUAAUUCAUGGAGCAGAACUAUAAUAAAGAAUUCCAAACAAAAAUUUACUGAAAUAAAAUAAAUUCCUGAUAAAGCUAUGUCUGCCAUAUAUAAUUAAAUAGUUAUAUUUAUAUCUACAUUUAUGAAUACAAUGCUAUUGGCAGACACUACUUUCUACAAUCAAAUUUCUAUCGUGCAUUGGCUACUAUUUUUGUGUGUAAAAGGGACAAAUUUUCUGUGGAUUUUGAAACCAAAUUUAAUGAAGUGACAAUGUUAUGUAUUCUUUUGGGUAUGAAUUAUUUAUGAAUAGUACUCAUUUUGUGUGAAAUAUGAAAAGUUCAGAAACAUCAGCAUACUCUUGUUUUGUUUAGUCUAUUAAUGACUUGGAAGAAAUGAGAAUGCUGUGCAUCACAUGCAUGAGAGGUUAUUUUUGGAGAUUCUUAUUGUAAUCAAUGUUAAUGGAAGGUUAUAGUCAAUAAAUUGUUGUAAACAGUUAUCAUGUAAUGGGAAAGAACAAAUAAUUUGGACUCCACCUAUGAUUUUCCAAAAUGGAAAUAAUAUUGAAGCAAGGCAUGUGAUGCUUUGGUUGUGUGUGUGUGUAUGUGUGUGUUAAGACAUGAAUACAGUUGUCUAAUGUUGUUACUGCAUUGUUGCACUGUGUGCAAAUAUUUCACUCUGCAUGAUGCUUCUCUUAAAAAUUAUGUAACUUUUGACAUGCUGCUAUGGGCUAUUUUGAAUUCACUUACUAGUCUUGUCCUCUAAAUAAUGAUAAAAUGUUCAAUAAAAUGAGCAUGAUUAUAUUUUGCUUCAAAUGUAAUUCUGCAAAGAGGUUGGAAGAUCUUAAGGAAUCUGUAGCUAAGAGAGAAAAUCCUCCAUCAUAGUGUUCAAAGAGUUGGUGUAAAUGUAACUAACGGAUUAAGAAGAAUUUUGUGUGCCUCCAUGAUUUUAAUUAUUUGUUGCAUUUAUUCUAAGUAAUAAUGAUUUAAUUAAUGUUUUUUUGUGGCCAUUGUACAAAAUUGGUUUCAUUUUUUGCAAGUGGUGCAGUAAGUUGUUUGAAGCAUUACUUACAAUAAAUCCAAUGUUUUCAAUCCAUAUGUAUGGGUUUUCUAUUUUGUAAAAUUUGUAGCUGAUUCACUAUUUUGUCAAACAUUUUUCCAUUGCUUUAUUAAUUUGUAAGUUGCUUUUAUUGUAUAGAUUUCUGUGACUGUAAAUGUUGUUUUUUUUUUUUUUUUUUUUUAAAGAAUUUAAUCAAAGUGAAUGCAAGUGUCGUGAUUGAAUAUUAUGAGUGCCAUUGUGCAAAGUUUUCACUGCCUUUUGGGAUUGAAGUUUUGUAAUUGUGUUUUGUAGACUAUAUUGUAAUUUGUUCAACUAUUUUUUAAUUUUCUGAAAUAAUUCCUGUUACUGGCUUCAUGCUUUGUGAUAUAAUUUAUUAUUGAUGAGAAUUUGAAGAUGUCUAUGUCAUUUUGUAUCCCUAAAUAAUUGGCUGUAUAACAUUGAGGUAGAGAUUGAGACUGAAUAGAAGAAAGUUCCAGCUUUAAAAUGCUUCAGAGUCGUCCAUUGCUUUACACUUCUCAUUAAAACAUAGUGCCUGUAAAAAAUAAAAAAAAUAAAAAACAAAAACUCGAGCUGCAAAAAUACCGUUUCCUUUUCAUAAGUUAUUUUUUCAUAUAUUAUUGCAGAUAUAUAUUUCACUGUAUAUAAUUAUUCAUUGCAAGUAGAAGCAUUGUGCAAGAGUUGAAGUAACAGUAUCUGCAUGCUUGCAUUUUGGAGCUGAUAUUCAAUUUACCAAAGUAUUGUAUCGCUCAUUCGUAAGAACAAAUGUGCAUGUAGCCUACUACUCUUCAAUAAUAGAUCUGUAUAUAUUUACAAACAUAAAAAUAUGUACAGUUAAUUUAGUUGUGAUACAUGUAUGACAGAAGGCCAUUAUUUAUUUGGUGGGAUGAUUGAUACAAAACGAGGACAUAUUGUGUAGUUAUAAGUACAAUUUUUUUUAUAUGGUAAGGUUUACAGUGUCCACUUUGCUCUGGCAAUGAGAAGCUGUAAUUUUACUGAAUGCCUUAAUACUCAGGAUAAACAUCUUAUUGAACAAUAUAUUUAAAUUAACAAGCAUUGGUUGAUUACUACAGAAUUGAGGCCUGAAUCACUCUUGUUUUGAUGUGCAGACAUAUUUUGAAGUUAAUUCUGACUAUUUGGAUGACUGUUUACAAGUGGAAAUAAUUUGAUUAAUGCAAUCUUAUGAAUGUAAGUUUCUGUGUGACUAAAGUCCAUGAAAAAUUGCAUUUAAAAGUUCAGUAUAAAGUGGAAACCUUCAAUGGAUUCAGGUUUCAACUAUUAGCACACUGUGAUGUAUGAUGUAUAUUCAAUGUGAGGCUUUUUGGUCUUGUUAUUCACUGAACUGUUGAAUGCUCUCUGUGAAUUCUGUUCUUAAGCAUAAAUUUGUUACAAAACUAGUGGAAAAUGUCCAUCUGAAAUGUUCUGAAGGCUUGUAUUUGCUUGCGAUAGAAAUUUUGUAAAUUGUAAUGUACAUGUUUAUAAAUUUAAGUGCUCAAAUACAAGAUAAUCUGUGCUGUAGUGAAUGCUUUUAUAUUCA